AUGAGGCUGUCCAUCUCUCUCCUGCUGGUCACCCUGGCCCUUUGCAGCUACCAAGCUAAUGGAGUGGUCUGCCCAUCGUUGAUGGUUGACAUGAAAAGCUUCGUAUUGGAUCAUAAAUAUAUACUCGAGGCUUUCCUUAGAUCCUACGGCCCACCUGAGGAAUAUGUUCAGGCUAAAAUGGAAGUGAAGAAAUGUGUGGAUGAAAUAUCUCUAGUAGAGAAAAUGGCCGUUAUGAAAACAUUGGUAAAAGUCCUCGUAGCAUGUGGGGUCUCAGACGUACACGAGUUUUUUAGUUGGCCUGUUUAUAAGUGA